AUGGAUUUAUUAGAAAUGGAUGACCAACUAACGAUAGUGAAUCAAUCAACAGAAUACCGUAUUAGUAAAAAACUGAUUCGUAAAGUGCCUUACUUUGAAAAGAUGUUGAGCCAUGAAUGCUUGGAAUCAAAGGAAAACAAAGUUGAAUUGGAUUUUGAUAAGCAGACUUUGGAAAUAAUUCUGAAUUUAGUUGAAAGCGAUUAUGCAAUUAUCACGAUUGAGAUGAAAUACAUAACAAACACAACUUUUUGGAUUGGAUAUCCUAUUGAAACGAUUGAAUAUAUUUGUGCUUUGGAUCUGAUGGUCUAUUCAGAAUAUCAAGUAUUCGAUGCAAUCAUGAGAUGGGUGAAUUACAAGGUUGAUUCUAGAAAGCGUUAUCUUGAAAGAUUAUUAAAGUUAGUCCGAUGGUGCCAUUUAAACGAGCAAGACUUAUCUAAAAUAAAAGAAAAUGAAUUGUUCAAAUCUUCAGGCUUUGAGCCAAUAUUUUGUGCUCCUCGAAAGGUUGAUUGCAAUUGUACCUUCAAUCGAGCCAAGCAAAACUUUUUCAUCAUGAUUGAAAAAUUUGAAAAGAGUACAGAUUUGCGAAUCAAAGUACUUGACAAUAACUUGACACAACUGGUUAGUCAAGUCAUCAGACAUGAUCCGUGUGUGUCUCCAAAGCUUUUCCAUGAUGAACACGUUUCUGACCUUCUUUUCGAUACCAGAAAGAAUUCCCUUCGAAUUGACUGGAAACGUAAAAAAUUUAUGUGGUUUGUCCCUCCACAACCUUAUACUCAAUUGCUUAAAACAAUCGAUGGAAACAUUGGAUAUGGAACGCAUCUUAGCGGGGAUUUAGAACCAGGAGAAAAGAUUGAAGACGGCUCUUUACUUUUAGAAGGAGAUGAAAAUUUUGGCCUGAUUUACAUUCACGCAGGUCGUUUGCACUAUUUUUCAAGACAACCCUACAUAAAUUAUAUAAUGUUUCCGAGUCUAAACCAAUGUAAAGCCACUAUUUUGAACGAUAAGAUUUACUUGCUGACAAAUAAACGCAAGUUAUACGAGUUUAAAAUUGAAGUUAAUAAUAAGGUGCUUAGACGGACUUGGAGCCAUCGCUUAUGGCAUAAUAAAUUCAGUUUUACGAAUACCCUGUUAACAUCGAAUCCAGCUGUAUAUUAA